AACACAUCGGCGGCCACUGUCUCAUUUCUCACAGCGCUUCCAUCGAUCGCUCGAAGACUUGGAAACGCCUCCGUGAAACCCUAGGCGUAUACUGUACUGUCGAGUGUUGAAGACUCGAAUUUCACUGAUAUGGAGUGGAAUCCUGAAACCCUACAGUUCCUCUCCCAAUGCUUCCUCAACACGCUCUCUCCGAUGCCACAGCCUCGCCGCCAAGCUGAGGCGGGCCUUGCGGAUGCGGCUGAAAAGCCUAACUACGGCCUGGUGGUGCUCCGCCUAGUGGCCGAGCCUUCUGUUGAUGAGCAGAUUCGACAAGCGGCUGCUGUCAACUUCAAGAACCACCUCAAGGCGAGGUGGUCGCCGGCUCCUUCUUCUGGACAUAAUGCGCCGAGUGUGGCUCCUAUUGCGGACGAGGAGAAGGAGCAGAUCAAAGGUUUGAUUGUUUCACUGAUGGUUAAUGCAUCUCCCAGGAUACAGUCUCAGCUUAGUGAAGCUCUGACUGUGAUAGGUAAGCACGAUUUUCCUAAAGCUUGGCCUAGUUUGUUGCCUCAGCUCGUUCUGAGUCUUGAUAAGUUGAGCCAGGCAAAUGAUUAUGCAUCUGUUAAUGGGGUGCUUACCACCCUUCACUCCUUGUUUAACAAAUUCCGGUAUCAGUUUAAGACCAAUGAGUUGCUCCUUGAUCUCAAAUACUGCCUUGAUAAUUUUGCGAAGCCAUUGUUAGAUGUUUUUAAGCGCACUGCAAAUGUGAUAGACCGGGCCAUGGAGUCUGGCUCUGCUACUGCACCAACCCUGAAGCCAUACAUAGAAUCUCAGAGAUUGUGCUGUGAGAUAUUCUAUUCUUUGAAUUUUCAGGAAUUGCCUGAAUUUUUUGAGGAUCAUAUGAAUGAAUGGAUGAUUGAGUUUAAAAAAUAUCUUACUGUGAAGUAUCCAGUUCUUGAAGACAGUAGCAAUGAUGGGCUUGCAGUUGUUGAUGGUCUACGGUCUGCAGUCUGUGAAUGCAUCAGCCUUUAUAUGGAGAAGGAGGAGGAAUUGUUUCAAGGGUAUUUAAGUGGAUUUGUGGAGGCUGUAUGGAGUCUUCUUGUAGCUUCAUCGGCAUCCUCCAGUAGGGAACAACUGACUGUCACUGCAAUUAAGUUCUUGACAAUUGUUAGCACUAGUGUUCAUCACACACUGUUUGCACGAGAUGACAUUCUAGAGAAUAUUUGCCAAAGUAUCGUCAUUCCUAAUGUAAUGUUAAGGGAUGAAGAUGAGGAGCUGUUUGAGAUGAACUAUGUUGAGUUCAUAAGGAGGGAUAUGGAAGGAAGUGAUCUUGACACUAGGAGGAGGAUUGCAUGUGAACUACUCAAGGGUGUUGCUACUCAUUACAAGGAAAAAGUCACAGAAAAGGUAUCCCAGCAGAUAACUAAUUGUCUGGCCAUGUUUACUCAGAAUCCAACUGCGAAUUGGAAAUUCAAAGACUGUGCUAUCUAUUUAGUUGUCUCCCUGGCCACUAAAAAGGCAGGUGGUACUUCAGUGUCAACUGACCUGGUAAACGUGGAGAGCUAUUUUGGAUCUGUUAUUGUUCCAGAGCUCCAAAGUCAGGAUGUGAAUGCCUUUCCAAUAUUGAAGGCGGGUGCUUUAAAGUUCUUCACCAUGUUUAGAAAUCUGAUACCAAAGCAUGUUGCAUUGGCACUGUUUCCAGAUGUCGUUCGUUUCCUUGGUGCAGACUCCAAUGUGGUUCAUUCUUAUGCCGCAAGUUGUGUUGAAAAGCUGUUACUGGUCAAAGAUGAUGGUGCAAGAGCAAGGUAUACUUCAUCUGAUAUUAGUCCCUUUUUGCUAGUCUUGAUGACCAAUCUUUUUAAUGCCUUAAAAAAGCCAGAAUCUGAAGAGAAUCAAUACAUUAUGAAGUGUAUUAUGCGUGUGCUUGGGGUUGCUGAGAUCUCUCGUGAAGUGGCUUUGCCGUGCAUAGCUGGUCUUACUCAAAUCCUGAUCGUAGUAUGUGGGAAUCCAAAAAGCCCUGUUUUCAACCACUACCUAUUUGAGUCGGUGGCUGUUCUGAUCAGAAGGGCCUGUGAGAGGGAUCCAUCUCUCAUAUCUGCUUUAGAAGAAAACUUGUUCCAAUCCCUUCAAAUAAUCUUGGAGAGAGAUGUGAGCGAGUUCUUUCCUUAUGCAUUUCAGCUUCUGGCUCAGCUUGUUGAGUUGAAUAAGCCUCCUAUUCCACAACUCUACAUGCAGAUAUUUGAAGUUCUCCUUUCACCUGAAUCCUGGAAAAAAACUGCAAAUGUUCCUGCUCUAGUCCGGUUGCUCCAGGCAUUUCUUCGAAAAGCACCCAGUGAACUUAAUCAACAAGGAAGGUUGUCAAAUGUCCUGGGCAUAUUUAACACACUGAUAAUUUCUCCAAGCACAGAUGAACAGGGGUUCUAUGUGUUGAAUACAGUCAUUGAAAACCUUGGGUUUGAUGUUGUCUCACCAUAUGUGGGCCAUAUCUGGGCUGCCUUAUUCAAACGGCUGCAGGAAAAACGAACAGUGAAGUUCGUGAAGAAUCUUGUGAUAUUUAUGUCUCUUUUCCUGGUCAAGCAUGGUUCUCAGAAUCUUGCAGCUUCAAUUGAUGCUAUUCAAGCAAAUUUAUUUCGUACAAUUGUAGAACAAUUUUGGGUACCUAACCUCAAACUAAUCACAGGAUCAGUUGAGCUCAAGUUAACUGCAGUUGCUUCGACUAAACUUAUAUGUGAAUCCCCGUCGUUUUUGGAUUCUGGGCUUUGGGGAAAGAUGCUGGAUAGUAUAGUCACUCUUCUCUCUAAAUCAGAGGACGAGAGAGUGGAGGAAGAACAAGAAGUUCCAGAUUUUGGGGGGGAGACUGGAUAUAGUGCUACUUUCGUUCAUUUAUACAAUGCUGGGAAGAGGGAAGAAGACCCACUAGUAGAAAUACGGGAUCCAAAAUUAUUCUUUGUUACAUCCUUGGCUAAUCUAUGUGCUCAUUCCCCUGGCCAGUACACACAGUUUAUAAGGGAUAAUCUCCUCCCUGUAAACCAGGAAGCGCUACUUCGUAUGUGCAGCUCAUAUAAUGUAGCAAUAGUUUGAGUGCACAAGGCAUUACAUGGCUGCCAUGUAUCUGGAUAUGUUGUCGCGGAUUGUACAAGAUGUGGUCACAGGUGUCAUACAUGUAGGUGGUCUUUGUGUCCCAAAUUUACGGUAGCUGAAUGGUCGUGAGGUUCCCGUUUUGGACUACAUUUUUUGUGGCAGUGGCUUGGCGCCGCUAGUUUGGAUUCGAUUGGGGACAUUGUUGUUCCGCUGCCAUUAUUGAGUCUGGCGUACAUGCUUUUCAAGGCAAAUUUUCUUUGUAUGCAAGGUCCUUUAUUUUCUAGUUGAUCAAGUCAAUGAGACGGGUCUAUAAUUCUAUAUCUUGUGUAGUGGUUUUGGUCGGAGGUUUUGGUUAAAUCCUGGAGAUAUAUAAAUAUAUGCCAUGCUACCCUUACUAGAGAGAGUUCGUUUAGUGUCAUAUACCUAUAUGUGUGUAGCUCUUAUAUCAUAUAUAAGGACCCCACCAGGAAUGAGAACUGGGCCAUUUGGUCAUAAAAUUGAGGAUUGUAUUUAUAAUCAAUGAAGGCAC